CGUACGCAUGCACAUUUUGCGCGUGUCCUGUACAUAACCCCGUACAGUGCAGCCAGUAGAGGAUCAUUAACAUUACCCCUGCUGCCUGUCUCUCUCUCUCUCCGUCGGUAUGUCUCUGCCCGCCGCCUCCAGGCUCCUGAGGAGCGCGCUCCGGACUCAGCUGGUCCCUGUGGCCAACGUGGCGUCCAAACCCGCCAAACACAACAUUACUGCAGGGGAGCAGGCCAUUGCUCUGACAGUCAUGUUUGUGACCAUCCUGGGUCCCUCCGGCUGGAUCCUGUCGCACCUGGAGGACUACAAGAAGAAGCAGUAGAAGAAGAAGAAGAAGAAGAGAGGAGGAGGAAUCAUUCCAGCCAGUCAGCCGUCCCUCCACUCGCCACGUCUCUCACUCCUUCAGCUGCUGAGACGAGAUGUUGUUCCUGCACUUCUGACCCGUGACCAUGUUCGUCUGUGCACCUAUAAACCUCUUACCAAUAAAACCUGAUUCAGUAUGAAUAUAAA